AGAUCUAGUCGUCGCUGACUAGCGGAAGGGACCGCAAAGCUCGGGAAACAGAAAAAAAAAACAGAAAACAAAAAACACGCGAGCACACAGGCCCCUUUUUUAGUCAAUUUGGAAAUGGAAAUUUAAUCGAAAAUAGUGAAAAAUUAGUUAAAUUGUUGUUCAACCAAAAUUUUCAGUGAUGUCGAGAAAUUAAACGUGCUAAAUUCAUGUGAAGUGUUUCAAGCUUAAUGAAAAUUCCAAAUUAAAGCGUGUGCAUAUAUCCUUCAAAGGAAUUUUCGCACGAAAAGAGUAGCACCCAUCAUCUACGUCACAGGCUGCGUGUACGUGUGUGAGUGCUCGUGUGUGUGUGCGUGUGUUUGUGCACCCCCGGAAAUGUAACACGCAUACUGGCGCAGUUGGGAAAAACUUGCACCUGAAAGUUUUCAUCGUCGUCGUGUAUCCAUCCGUGUUUUUCCCCUCAUCGUCGUGCGCCUGCUCCUUCUUCUGCUGCUGCGAAGAGAGAGGCAGAAAAGGCAUUCGGAAGGCAGCUAAAGGGCAUCUAGGGCAGCAGCGGAACUGAGGCGCAGCGGAUCCGCCCAAGUGCAGCCGUAGAAAGCAUUGGUGCGGGCACCAUGGACUCGCUCAAGUUACCAAAGGCCAACAGUGCCACCAGCAGUGCCAGCGGCAGCAACAGCAACCUGUCCAUCUCAACAUCCGCGUCUGCAUCCGCCGCCACAUCGCCCACAUCGUCAGCCAAUGCGGCGGGCGGUAUUGGUGGUGCUGGUGGUGGUGUGCCCUGUGCCUCCAAGUCGCCGCCCGGUCUGGGCAGCACCACACCGAUCACCGUACGAUUUAAUGCCAACGAGGAGUCCCUGGACGAUAUCCUGCAGUCCUUCCAUCAUAACAAGCACAGCCCCAGCGGCGGAGCGAGUGGCGGUGGCGAUGCCUCGCCCACCUCCCAUCUGCUUGGCAUGAAGAACAACGGCCUGGGCCUCAACACGGGCAUGGUGGUGGGCGGUGCCUGCGAUUCGCUAUCCAGCAGCCCAUCGCAGCCCCAGAUGCAGGGCGGCGGUCCAUCGCUCUUUGCUCAGAACGACGAAGUAAAUCUGCGCAACAAUUUCCUGCAAGGCGGUGGCUUCUUCAAUCGCAAAAGAUCUGGCAGCAUCGAGGGUGUGUCACCCACCUCGAGCGGCCCAAGUCUUAUUUCCGCGCUGUCGGCUGCCGGCGCAGCUGGAAGUGGUGCCAGCGGAGCUGGAGGUGGCGGAGGAGGUGGUGGCUCCGCUGGCGACAGCAUCAGCAGCGGCGGCGGCACCUGGAGGCUUAUCAAGGGCAAGGUCUCGCAAACCAUCGAGGAAAUCAAAUCCGCCAAGCAUCCGCCCAGCACAUCAACGAUACCCAUUAUUGUGGCUGACCCACCAUCGACUGGCUGGAGCAAUCCCGAUCCCGAUUCGGACACCGAGUGCGUCACCGUGAACACGUCCAUCAGCGAGGAGUUGCCGCUGGACCAGGAGCACAGGCAGAACUCUGACUCGGACGCGGAGGCCGAGCUGCUGCAGCUUGACAGCAGUAGCCUGGGCAGUGGCGACGUUGGAGCAGCUGCUGCCAUCGGAUCGGAGCGAUCCCGCCUGCGUCGAGGCCUUGCCCACAUCCGGUCCAAGGUGAAGGCCAAGCAACAGGCGUCGGCUGCCAUGAACAAAAAGGAUCUCGCAUCCGGUUCCAGCGGCACAGUUCCAGUGCCGCAGACGACGUCUUCAGUGCGUAGCGGUUUCCUUCGCCGCAGACAUGUGGUGGAGGCGGGCAGUGAGCCGUCCACCAGCCAACAGGCGGAGAUUCCCAUUGCGAGUGGCAAGGUUAAGAAGCGGGGCAUCCUGCUGGCACGCAAGGACGUGGAGAUCGAGUCGGGAGUGGAGGUGCUCGAGGACAUGAUACCCGCGACGGUGCAGAAGAGGGAUUCGAUGCGAGAAGGCAAACAAACGCCGGAUGAGCAGGAUGCUGGGGCAGUUAACAAAGAAUCGGUGGUUACUCUUUCGCUUCCAUUGGACACGGACGUCAAAACGAAGGCCAAACAACCUCCUUGUGCUAGCAGUGGGACACCGAAGUCGACGCGCGAUUCGCAGAGUAUCUUCUCCAACCUGAGCCAGGCCAGCGUAAAACGAUGGCGGGAGAAGCAUCAGGGUGCCGCGUCCUUCGCCCUGCCCGUCCUUCUAUCUUUGUUCCUGGUCAUACUGAUGAUCCUGCCGGUACCAGACUUUCUGCGCGGGGUCUUCGCCACACUGCUCUUCUUCGUGGUGAUGGACAGCUGGGGCAGCCGCCUUCAUAAGUUGGUGGAGCAUCUCCUGCUGACCACGCACCCGGAGAGGGACGCCUUUAUGAUACCGAACUACAAGGACAUGCCCAUUUGCGAGAUACCUGCUGUGGAGGAGCACAAGACGAUCAAGACGUACGCCGGCUGGAUGAACGAAAUCGGCAGCUACGAUCCCAACACAUUCUCCUUCACCCUGACGAGAUCCGUGUAUGUGCGCCUCGAUGGCUGCAUUCUGAAGAUGUCGGGCACGAAUGCCAGGAUACCCAAGCGUCGCAUGUGGAACGAGCCGCCCAUCGAUCGCAAUAAGAUUCUGUUUACGGAUCACCGAUCCUAUGACCUCAGGGACUGCCGCAUCGAACUGCUGCCGUUGGGUCUGGCCAGGAAGCGGUUCUUCAAUCGCAAGUAUCCUAUUCAGUUGAUCAUAAAGAGCAGCAGGGAUGUGCCCGAGGAGGCCAUCUCUGGAGAGAGCAACUCUGAUGUAACUAUAAAACCAGAGCCCAAGGAUACCAAAGCUGCCUCCACUUCAGGGACAACCCCACCGGGAGCCGAGGAUCAAGAUAAGCAGGUGGACUUUGCAGCCACGGUGAUGCAGGCCGAUUUGCAGCAAUUGCGCAACACCGUUAAUCCGGACAAGGAGCUCACAGAGAUCACCGUGCCCUGCGGCGAUGAGGUGCGUCUGCUGCUCUUCUCGCGCUGUGAUCGGGAAAAGGAGGACUGGUAUCGACGCUUCUUGGCUGCAAGCAAGGGUCUCGUUCACGAACAGGAUUUGCAGGUGCCUAUGGCCCGAUUUGUGGAGGACACCGAUCUGCAGGCUGCUGCGGCCAAGCAGGCCGUUCUCCUGGUGGCCUCAGGCCUGGGUGUGAGCAGCUCAAAGACAAAAGGCAAGGAAACCGAGGACAAAAGCGAUGAGGCAAAUCCAAAUGAAGAAUCCGAAUUGCAAACGCCGGAAGUACAAUUUGAAAACAUAACUGAGGAGGACCUCAUCGAGACGCCAAAGGACGAUAGUUUCGAUGGCAUGAUUAUGAGUGCCAAUGUGGCCAGGAAUUCGCCGGAUUAUGUGCGAUUCAUGGCAGUUUACCAGAAAGCUUGUUCCCAGAGCACUAUUCCCGUGACCAGAAGAUCCGUUGGAGAAAUCUAUUCCGAAAAACACCGCUCAAAAAAAUCUCGCCGUGCCAAACGUCAGGAGGAUGAGCUGUGGAAGGGAAUUGACCAGUCUCUGUUCCUGGGCCCAUCCGGCAGCAUUGUGUGGGCAAAUGUUUUCCUGGGCCGGUUCUUAUACAGCUGUCUUCACGAUACUUUGCUGCAGGAGAGGAUCAAGGAUGUGCUGCAAAAGAAGCUGAACUCCAUCAAGCUACCCAGCUUCAUGGAGGAGGUGGUGAUCACUAACAUCUACCUGGGCCGAUCUCCAUUGCUGUGCCAUCGCAUCUCGCAGCCCAUGCUGGAUGAGCGCGGUGUCUGGAUGGAUGCAGAUAUCACCUACGAAGGAUUGGCCCACAUAACUGUGACCACCAAACUAAAUCUACUAAGGAUUCGUGGAAAAUCCAAGUCGCCAAUGGCUGCCGAUUCUGCGGCUUCAACCGCUUCGUUCGUGUCCGAAAAUGUGCCAGAUUCGCGCAGCAAUAUGGAUGCUGGCAGUGAGAAUGUCAUCUAUGAUAGUGACGCAGAGAGUUCAGGUGGCUCAUCCACGGAAUCCGAGAGCCCACCGCCGGGCAAUGCCCAGGAGAAUCCUGCUGGGACUGAAUUCUUCCAGAAUUCGCCGGGCAAUGCGCGGCGCAUCUUUAAGAUUGUGGAUCGCAUAGCCGCCUCCAAUUUAUUCCAAUACGCCACCGAACUGCCGUACGUGCAACGCGCCAUGGAGAACAUGAACGCGAACAUCACGUUGCGCGUAGAUCUCAAGGGUAUGGUGGCGCGCGGCACCUUGAACGUACCGCCACCACCCUCCGACCGGGUGUGGGUCAGCUUCCGGGCACCGCCACGCCUGUGGAUAUCCACCAAGCCCCAAGUGGGCGACAAGUCCGUCGACUGGUCGAUCGUAACCAAUGUCAUCGAGAGCAAGCUGUGCGAGGCUGUUAACAAGUUCUUGGUCUAUCCCAACAUGGUGGACUUCUCUGUGCCGUUGUUGAGCAAUCCCAACUGUGAUGAGGAUCCCCUGGCAGCCGGGAAUUGAGAACCAAAGGCUAGUUAAGGAUAAUGAGCGAUGAGAUUUGAUACAUCUCCAUUUAUUUAUUGAAUUUAACACAAAGUGUGAGCGAGAAUUUUCUAGGUUUAUUUUUUGUAAACUUCAAGUUUUAGCUUAGGUCCGCGAUCUCUGAUUCCAAAUACGAUACGUAAGAGAGAAGAUUCCAAAAGAAAGACAAGUUUCAAGGCGCUUAUAUUUUUGAUCACACAUUCUGUUCACACUCCAGGAAACACACAAUCCCAAUCCAGCUUUAUGGGCUUGGCUACAAUAAUUUACACUACUGAUAAUACCGAAGGAUUAGCGGGUGAAGGUGAAGGGGACUUAGAAUAUAUUUAUAUUUAUAUAGCAUAUAGAAUAUGCUGCUAAUACAGCCGCUCUGUGAGGUCAUCACGACAAGUAUUCCAAUAGCAUAAUGCAGGCAUAUGUAUCCCUUACUCUCCUAUAUACGAACAACUAUAAUAUACGGCCUCUAUAUAUUUAUACAUUCACUAUAUACAUAUUCCAAGUAGCUUAGCGAUAGUAUGCGUGUGAAUUUUAAAUAAGAAAAUCGAAUUUUAUUUGCGAUAUGACGCGAUCCGUAUGUACUUAAAGCGUUUCAACUAUUUAAAAUACUAUAUGCUACCGAGGAUAAGCGGUGGGGGUGCAUACUAUAUAUCCGUACGUACAUUUUGCCAAAUAAGAACAACAAAACUAUUCCGUUGGGUUCCAAUUUUAUGCAACUUUAAGAGACAACAACUAAGAAAUAUAUCAUU